AUUAAUAAUUGUUCUCUUUCUAAAUGUGUGUGUGUGUGUGUGGAUGUAUCGUCAUUGAAUAUUGUCCCCAAUUGUUCCCCAUUCCCAUUUUCCCCUUCCUUCAGCACAGCUCUCUCUCCGAUCUUUUUGCUCGAAAUGAUUGUAACAUAUCGCAUCCAUCCAUAUAAUCCACACAUCCGUUAUCAUCCAUCCCUCUAUUAUCACAAAAUAUAGUUCAUCUUUGAAUAUACAUACCCUUAAUUAGGUGUAGGGAGGAGAAGAGGGAGAUUCAUGGCUUCUGCGGGGCUCUAUGUGCUGUUGAGGUCGGGCAUGGAGAGGCGGUAAUCCAAUUUCUCCAAUAGGAACUGUGGCUUGCACGUUUUUUUUGCUCUUUUCAAUAUGCAACAGCUCAUACAACAACGCAAUACGACAUGGCAAUUGCUGAAUCGAGCUAAGACUCUUUAUAACACUUGGGCAGAUAUUCAAUCAAGAUCCUUAUCCACACUACAGUCUAUUUGCAAUAUAGUCGCGCAACGUAAAUGUACACUAGAACUACCAAAAACUGUAGAAAGAUACAAUAUCGAUCAGAGCAAGCUUUUGUUUAAGCAGACAAAUUCCAUAAGUUCCUUGAUCGAGAAACAAAGGGUGUUACUUGGACUCUUUGAGGAUGUAUGUUCACGCUGGUCGGAACUGAGAAGAGACGUAGAUAAAUUUGUAACAAAAGUGCUUCAACAACAACAGCAUACUACUACUCCUUUACCGCUUUCAACCGAGUCAAUGCUUCAAGUGGCAGCAGUAAAUGUAUCUGAUCUAUAUGAAAUGGUAUUACUACUUGAUUAUUCAUACCAUCAAGAAUAUAUCUAUAAAACAAGUCUGUUUGGUCAACUACAAUCAAGUUUAUCAGAACCAACAGACGCAUAUCAUCUUUUAGAAUUAUGGCAAGAAGAAUCUCAUGUAGACAAAAAGACACUAGAGGAUAUGUUUGAACGUAUGAAAAUGUUUACUACCAUUAAAAAAGUACUUGAGAGCGUGAAUUAACAGCGUGAUCUUCGCCUGCAGAAGCCAGCUGAAGUAGUCUAUCUUGAGUAGCUGCACGCCAUGCCAAAGAACGGACAACGCCGAAAUGACAGAGUCUAAGAUAUGGAUUAGUCAUAAAGAAUAGAUAAACUAUUUAUCGCACCUUUGAU